AUGGCUUUAAACUCGAGCAAUGCUCAGCUGUUGAAGUCAUUGCGGAUAAUGAAGUAUAUCACAAAAACUCCUCUCAAAGAAGAAAGCGAUGAUCCUGUUGUAGCGGAGUUGAUGGUCUGUGUUGCUACCACUUUGAAAGAAAAGUUGUACUUGUUUCAGUAUCCAAAUAGACCUUCUUUUAUGCCUUAUGAUGAAUUAUAUUGUGGACGAAUAAAACCACAACAGAGGAAGGUAGAAUUAGAACUCCUUUUAGAUACACAGUCUAGCUGUUAUAAUCAAAAAAAAGGCAAAGAUUUAGCAGCUAAUGCUAUCAAUCCAGAAACUGGUGAAAGCUACUAUCAGACCUCUUUUGUUGAUAAGCAUGUUUUGACUUCAACAAGAUUACAGCCCACAGCAUCUUACUUUUGUGGUGUACUUUCACCAGGAAAACUGCACCUUACUCCGAUUUCCGAUAUUUUGCAAUUUAGGUCGAGUUUUGAGUGCCUUAAUGUCUCUUCAUCUGACGUUAAAGAAAAUAAAGUUUCUUCAAAGCCCGUGGGUUUAAUUGAUAAACCGCUUAACCCACAAGAACGGCGCCUAAAGGAGCUGCAAUCGGGAAUUGAAGAAGAAUGGAUCUCUCUUUCUGUGUUUACCAAUAAAACGAAAGAUUUUGACAAAGUUUUUAAUCGCCUUUUCUGCGUUUCAGAAGAACCUUACCUCUUUCCUCUAGCAAUCGACGAGUAUUUAGCAACUGUAACAGGGCGACUCCGGCUGAAUACAGCUACCGCAACCAGCAAAUCUGGCAGUGACGUUAAACAGGGGCUUCUAAGGGCUUUGGAAAUGCCACUCGAGCAGCGUGUUAGAGUAAUACUGGAAAACGCUCAAAUUAUUCAUUUUUCUCGACUUUUACGCCUGUCUGGCUGCGAGACAGUCCUCUCCCGUGUUGUUCUUGAGGUCUUAAAGGAAAUUUCGGUGGUUAUUCACGGAUGCUUGAUUAUAAGGAGCGAUACUUUAUACCCUGAUGACAACAUUGUACCUGCUUUAGAGAGCUCAGGAGCUGUACUACGUGAAGUCAGAGAUCACAUACUACUACUGUUCCAUUCCAUGCCCAAUGCUACUGACGAGUAUAAUAGCAUAGAAACUUUAGCAAAGUCCACCUUAAAAAACUACUGCAUAUCGGAAGUACUCGAUCCACCUAUUCAGACGAACAGUGAGCGAGCAGGCUACCUUAAGCGAAAGUUCAUUCUGCAAAGCUUCAAUAUAUCAUUUGAAACGCUGACCGCUUUGUUAAAGCAAGUGGCUUUCUUACGUUCGCCGUUUGGCUGGGCUCUGAAGUUGCAAACAGACCAUCACUUUAUUCAAAGAUAUCCAACCUUUGUAGAGGCCCACAACCCGGCAUGCAUCCUGCAAGUAAGACAAAAAAGCAAACUUUAAUUCGCAGUGCGAAACAGCUUAAGUGGCCUUAUAUUAUAA